GCGAUGGGCGCUCGGCUGAGCGGCGGCCAGGCCGCCCCGGAGCAGCCGCAACCCCAACCCCUACCCCAACCCCAGGCCGGGGUGCCCGAGGGCCCGGAGCGGCCCCGGCCCGAACCGGACCCUUGGGGGCCGCUGGACGACGUGCGUUUCCUCAUCGCCUGCACCUCCUGGUACUGACUCGUUGCCCUCCGCAGUUACCGCCCGCCGUCUUUUCUAUCUUCCUAACCUGGUGGGUCCCUUGCUCUUCGUGCCCCUCGGCGCCAGGAAACAAGCCGAGCUCUUCUCAGGACUGGAAGGAAGUCCCGGUAGGGCCGCCUCCGCAGCCUCACCGUGGGACACCAUCUCGUCCCCGGCCCUUCUCGCCGCCCCUAAUUUGUUCGCUUUCUCAGCCUGCACCCAAAGCACCUCAGACCUUGGUACUUAUCCCCACCCUACAGCUUCUCCAGCUGUCUGGGUCCUGGGGCAGCGCUGCCUGUCUCUGGUUUCCAGAGCCAGGCCAGGCCUCCAGGGAAGACCCCCAAGGCUACUGACCUGACUUCCCCAUAUCUAUUCCUUAUUGCUGACAACUGGGCUUUUGCCUCUGGCAUGGCCGCAAGCGUCUUGAUUUCAGAGAAGACUUUGCCACAGUACCUGUUCCAUACUUGUCAGGGAGGUUGCUCAGCUGUCCUGGAUCCCAGUGAGGCAUUACGAGGCUGUAUUCCUGGGAUCCCGGUCACAGUGGGCCUCCAGGGCCAGCUUUUUGGAGAGGGAACAUCUGGUCGCUGAGCUGGCAGAUGAGAUCCUCAGGGCGCUCCUCCCAGACACCCAAACACCCAUUCAUCCUCUCCCAGAAGCCUCCUAAGGCCACUGUCAGAACCCAAUCCUUGUUCCCGUAUCCCAGGGAAAUGACAUACUCUGUAUUUUUGUUUUAUUUAGAAAUGAUUUAAAAAACAUUAUACAAAGGCUGAUCAGUUUAAAAUGUGA